AUGAAUCCAGCAGACUCAGCAAGAAGAGGAGUCGAUAAGGACGACAUGACUGACCAUAUGUGGUGGAAGGGACUAAAGUUUAUCCUGGAUCCAAUAGAGCAAUGGCCAAAGACAUGCCGUCUCUUCAAGAUACCAGAUGACGUGGAGAACGACAGCUGCGCGCUUCCAGUAUCGUCGGCGAGAAGAACUCACAUUAUGGAACUACUGGACUGGAAGAGGCACAACGAAAUGAAUUUGGUCAUUACCACAGUUGCAUACGUCAUUCGUCAAACGGGGAAAAAGGGAAUCACGACUCCAGUACAGAGUUCUAGAAAACAUUCCAGAACUACGUCACAUGACAACUGA